AAGAAGUCACAUUUGCAAAUGUAAGUAUGAAAGUUUAAGAAUUGAUUUGGACCGCUAAUUCGUUGCUUUUGCGUUUUCAAAACACAAUUCAAAUAUGCGUUUCAGAAUAACCGCUUAUAACUAAUGCCGCGUAUCGCUAAUGGUUCACGAUAAUACCCCCGUACGGAAGGAGACCGAUACUACCUCGUGCCGAAGGAGAAGAGGAAACCUGCGAUUCUUCAGCCCGCCCUCUUGCUCAUGAAAUGGACGGCGAUAGCCAGCAGCGAGCGAGCCUGUUCGACGAGCUCUGCGCCCUCUUCUUCCCUCUCCACCACUCCUCGCAACUUUUCCUCAUCAUCGCCCUCUUCAGCUCUCUAGCGGUUUUUUCGUGCCUGCGCCGGCGAAUUCUUCACCGAGGGAGGUCUCAGUUGGAAAAGGGGACUGGUGGCAUGACUUGGGGACAUCCUAAUGUCAAAAACGAUGCUGAUUUGGAGGAGGGGACUGGUGGCAUGACUUGUGGACAUCCUAAUGUCAAAAGCGAUGCUGAUUUACAAAACCUUGAACCAGAUCCAUAUUUACCAGGCUAUCUGUAUGGUUUCGAUACUGCAGAAAAGUGGCAACAACUACAGCAGAUGCCAUCUAUAUCAGCACAGAGCGCUUGGCGAGCUGAACAAUACCAUAAAGAAUUUCCUCUUCAAUUUGAAGAUCGACUUCAACUCGAAAGCAUCUACUGCGAUUUGCAGCAUUUUCAAGGCAAGAACACAGAGUUGCAGCAAAAUGGGAUCCGAAGCUGUAACAUUCAAGAGGCUCAGUGUAGACACCGAGGAGGCCGAGGAGGAGGAGAACAGCACUGGCCAAGAGGAAGGCACUGUUUUUCUUCAGAGAACCUCCCCGUUGAAGGAAAUAAAUCUGGAGUAUGCUGGGCAUGA